AUGAGUCCGAAUGUGGAUGGCACCGUUCCGGAACAAUUUGAUCCGGACGACUUGAGAGAGCUGAUACGUGCUACCAGACAGUGGCAGCGUGGAAGAACAGUACCUACAUACCUCGGAACUGUUACCCAAGUCAUACACGAAAUCAUUCCACGCCUAUGGAAGGACGAUAUACCCGAGUUUCCUUCCCCUGAGAAGGUCAAGAAGGAAGCCACGGAAAAAUCCCGCAUAGUUUUUGCCUACUGGGCCUUUCUCAAUCUAAUUCUUGAACGUCACGAGGCGACCAUACAAAAACGAUGGACCAAGAAAACGCGUCAGCAACGCCUUCAGAUUCUCCUCGCACUUUGGCCAAACAUGCCUGAACAGCAUCGCCCUGACUGGAAAGCCUUUGAACUAGAGCACCAGGCCACAAGGAGUUCUAGAGACGGCUCCAAGUACAAGGAUUGGUUCAUGUGGCCUGAUAUUAACCAAGAAGACUUGUCGCAGACCAAACUGAUGUUUUUGCUACUGAAUUCACGUGGCAGAAACCUGCCCUCAGUCUUUGCCGCGGCUGACUGGGAAGCAAUGCAUGUUGGCCAAGUCACUGAGGGACUAGCACCUCCUUUUGUCCCUGGGCUUACCAUGGUGAUGAAUGGUGUUACGGCACCUUCAAAGUAUGGUAGACUGGUGCAUUGGAGCAGUAUAAGCCCACAAGAAAUGUGGGUCUACACUGGCUUACAAUUCUGGGUUGGGGAAGGACUAUUAGUUCUCAAAGCUCAACUUGAAAUCUUGAAUUUCCUGGUUAAAUUCUGCCUUCAAUUGCUCCCCGAAGCUCCUCCAGAAGUUUUGAUGAGCAGUGACUAUCCCAUCCAGCCAGAGCCAUCUUUGAAGACUGGCAUUAAUGAGUCAGGAUACUAUUCUAUGGCGGUAAUGGCUGCCGAGGCAUCAUACAAGGUCCCCUCGGACAUUGACUUCAAUCGUCUUGCUUCCCUACUCGAAGCACAGAUGUCAGCGAUUGAAGAUCAUAUUUGGUCUUUACGUGAGGACCCGGAAUAUUUCAAAGUGGAGCUGCUUGAGAAGAGAGACCAUUCAUUUGAAUCAGUCAAGACUGCAGAUGGGAAAGAACAUCCUCUCAAUCGCAAGGUGAAUGAGGACAAGCUAUGGGGCGCGUUAGUGACUCGAAUCGCUGCUGAAAGCUAUGAGAGGCUCGAACAUAUGACUCAACUGCACCGUCAAGCACGGGAAUUGGGUGUGCUCCAGGAGAAGUACAAACACGAGAUCAAGCCGGAAAAGAUGCUUCCUGAAGAAUAUCGCAAUGCUCUCUAUUACUUCCGGUUUUCUCUAAAGAAGUCAACGAAUCACGCGAUAAAAACGUUCCAAGUCGAGUUCGAAUGCUCCCCCCCGAUGAGGAAGUUCUAUUGCCGAACCACUUCGCCCACCGGAGAAGACGAAUGCUACAUCCCUGAUCGUGGACGCUCAUUCUUUACUGACGUCCAAAAACGGCUAUUUUUCAUCAAGAGUACCUUGUGUUUGGACGAAGAACAUUGGGCAAGGCAAUCCACCAUCCUUGAUGAGCUCGAACGUCUCUUGAAGACCACUCCCGAGGCGGACAUGCUCAUCUCCGCUCAAGUCUACAAGACUAUAAGUUACUUAUCCAUUCUCUCACAAUGCACGAAGCAGUUAGACCUUUAUCAACCUUGGUCCCGAUAUUAUCAUUACCAGAUAGACUAUGAUAGCUAUCCUUUGGACGUUAAAAUUGAUUUCACCCAAGAACGCGACGCAGCAUUGAAGUCGCUGAAUGAGAUGGUUAAGGGAAUUCGAGGGAGAAAGAUUCCUUUGGAUACAUUGGGCCGUGCCGCUGAUCCCUCUGGCGGAAAGUUCAAAUACCCGUAUGAGAAACGUCGAACCAAGGAUACAGUCAACGCUUUGCGACGGACUGAAGCGAAUCUAGAUGCCGUCUGGGCCGAGAUCGACAGAUUGACCAACAUCACAAAGUUCCAAGAUCUUGCCCUCUAUCGUCUCCUUUCACAGCCUCGCAGUCUCCGGAGGACAGCAGAGUGGGUGGAGCCCGAGGAGACGAAGAACAAGGGACAACAGCCUAGUACGAACGACGACCUCUGGUUUCUCAAUCGCCCGCUAUCUAAUUUGUUCCUGGGUGAGUCUGAGCAACCAAAGAUUGAAAGGACAACAAAGAAGAGCAAGGAAAAAACCAAGACCAAGGGCGAGCCAUCCAAGACACAAAACAGCGACACGCCCGCAGUUGAAGUCCCAGAGCCUGAACCUGUUGACAAGCAGCCAACAUUCCAAGUCGAUGCACGAGCGCUCAAAGUCUUUCGCACCUUGUUUUUCAACCCUGAAGUAACAAGUUCUCCAGGCGAAAUCGCAUGGAAUGACUUUCUUCACGCCAUGGGCUCAACGGGCUUUAGGAUCGAGAAGCUGUAUGGUUCGGUGUGGCAGUUUCAACCUACUCAGCUGGAUGUCGAACGGGGUAUUCACUUUCAUGAACCGCAUCCAAAGGGAAAGAUUGAUUUCCAAAUCGCUCGACGAAAUGGACGGAGACUUGCGAGGACUUAUGGCUGGCAUGGUGGAAUGUUUACUCUAAAGAAGAAAUAG